CACGUUGGCCAAUAUUACAUGAGAGAUUCCUACUGAAAACUAUUAACAUUCAUUAGCAGUUCCAUAUGAUUCCAUAUGGCUGCAUGCGCUGUUUCCGAAAAUUGAAUCGAGAAGCAUUUUCUUUGAUGUUUACCAAAGUGCAGAACUGCAUUGUGCGAGUGUCGUCGUUGUUUGGGAUAUUUAAGUUAAAAUUACGAGAAUCAAGAUAACCCUUCCUUUGUCCAGGCAAGUUUGUUUUAUAUUUUACAUUAUUGAUUUCGUGCCUUAUGUACGUUGCAUCACUCAAUGACAGCCAAUUAUUGUAUGUUCCAUCCUGCCGCAACACAUUUAGCAUUAAAUCUAUUUGGAUCUAAAAGCGGUUGCAAGAUUUACACAUCCACUCAAAUGUAAACUCUCAAAUUUUCAAGUUUUGGCUUAAGACAGAAUUGACAAAAAAUUCUUAACUAUAUUUAUCAAGAAAUAAAAAUUGGACUUUAAAGAUUUUAAUUAAUAUCUUAAAUGAAUUAUAUAUGACCAGUAUUACAGUUUCUGCUACUAUUUAUGCCAUUCUAUUUUACCUUUAUUUAUCGUUUGUAAAAAAUUAUACUUGGAGCGAAUAUACAAUAAACAUGAGAGGGCUACAGAAGUUGGAACUAAUAUAUCUUAAUUACCACAUUACAUUUCUUUCUCCAAUGUUAUUAAGAAUGCUAUAAGUAUAUUUCCAAUGACACACUGAUUACACUUUGAUUUGCAUCUUAUUUUCGAUAUAUAAUAAUCAGUCGUAUAAAACACAUGUACAACUUUAAUUAUAAGAUUCGAUUUGGAGAUGCCUGCCGUAGCUUUGCUCAUGAUUGUAGGUUACUGAGUAUGGCGCAGGACGAUGUCAAUAAGUUGACGAGGGAAGAUUUCGACGCUGGACCAUGCAGCUUCGACGAGAUUGAGCCUGGACUGUUCUUGGGCAAUCUCACAGCUGCCACAGAUGUUGAUUGGCUGAAGGAAGCCCGAGUAACCCACAUAUUGACAGUGGAUUCCUGUCCGCUACCAAGAAAGAUUCAAGAACGUCUUCCAAAUUUGACUGCCAAGUACAUUCAGGUGACGGAUAUGCCGCGAGAGGAUCUCCUGACGCACUUCGAAGAGUCCUACGAGUUUGUCGAUCGCGCCCUCGAAUCCAGCGGCAGGGUGCUGGUGCACUGUUACUUCGGCGUGUCGCGAUCCGCCACUGUGAUGAUCGCGUACGUGAUGAAGAAGCACGAGCUGAGCUUUGCGGAUGCACUCGAGAUGGUAAAGUCAAAGAGGCGCUUCGUCGCCCCCAAUCCCGGUUUCGUGGCGCAGCUGCGCUUGUACGAGGACAUGGGCUACGGCGUCGACAGCACCAGCGUGCAAUUCAAGAUGUACCGAUUGCAGAUCGCUGCCGACAAAGUGCGUAAGGCGCGAAUUCUCCCGCAGAGCUGCGUCGACCUGGUGAAACCGGAUCCAGCUUUAACGACCGUGCGCCCCGAGCCGACGGUUUACCGUUGCAAGAAGUGUCGUCGAAUAGUCGCCAGCGCGAGCAACAUCCUGCCUCAUGCGCCGCGCGAGAAACAGAUCUGGCGGCACAUCAGCGUGAAAAGCACUUCGAAGGAUGGCGAGAACCGCGACAAGCUGGCGCAGAAGAGAGAAGAGCCAGCACGAGUUGAGCUGUGCGACAAGAUCUAUUUUGUAGAGCCGCUGGCUUGGAUGCCCGACAUCAUGCACAACGUCGAGGGGAAACUGAACUGUCCGAAGUGCAACACGAAGCUUGGCUCGUACAGCUGGAUCGCUGGCAGCCAGUGUCCCUGUGGCAGUAAGAUCGCGCCGGCCUUCUACCUGGUACCCUCUAAGCUCGACUGGAGCAACGUCGUGCAGAAUGUUCAAGUAACUGUAUAGUAAUUAUGAGUAAUAAGAAGCGUGAAACGACUAGAAAUAAAAUCUGAGUUACUGAUUUCGAUCGACAAAUCACGAAGAUGGAAAACGUGAAUUUUAUGCUCAAUGAAAUACUUGUGAAAUUUUGCCCAAGUUUUAAACCCCUUAAUAAAUAUUAGCGCGAACUGUUGAAAAACGCUGUCAAGACAUUUAAGAUGCAUCUAAUAAAUUUCAGAAUGUCUUGUCUUGACAGCGUUUCCUGGAUAGUUAUUUUGAAUUAUGAUCUUAUGGUCCAAGACGGUCAACGUGGGUGGUGGUAGAUAAGCAUUUUUACCCUCAGCGAGUACAAUGUAGACUUUGUUAAACUUUUGAUAUUGUAGGAUUUAAAUGAUUGUUCAUAAAAAAAAUCAUUCGAGUUAAAAAAUCGAUCAAGAAGAUUAUUUUAAUUAUGUUACUUUCUUCAUAUGUAAGAUUUAACAUUAUUUACAAAACGUUUCUAUACCGUGAGGUAUCUAAAAGAUUCUGUGCUAUCUGCUGAGGAUUGAGAAUAAUAACGCAUUUAAGAAUGAUAGAAGAUACGAAAGCGACCAAUACUUAGUCAAGUUGACUAUAUUCUAAUCUUGUGCCAAUAUAUUUCGAUAUGUGUACAUAUAUACAUGUAUUUGUUACAUAUAUCUAUAUGUUGUACUUUUCUUAUUGCAUAUAUAUAUCAGUAAGAAAAUGAGAAUGUUCUUCAAUCUCAACGUUUUUAUUGCACGACAUAUAUUCAUACCGUCUAUAUAUAUAUAUGUGUGUGUAUGUGUGUAAGUCCGCAACUUUGUAUAGAAUAACAUUUUCUGUAUGACCUAUAUUUAAAUAUUAUCUGGUGUUCUAAUAUAAUGCACAUAACUUAAUAUUAUUCUAUCAAC